AGCCGUCCUGGGUUUCUUUGUUUCCUAUUGAAUCACCAGGCAGACAAUCCAUCAGCGGAAGACUCACAUUCUUGCAGUUGACCUGCUUGUUCAAUACCCAAACAACCUUAUCAAAACGCAUCAUACAGUUUACGUACAAGGCAACCGUGUUGGCCACACAGGCAAUACGGUUUCCAGAAUGCAGAAACCACCAGCAGAACUACGAAUACCUGCAGCUCCAACUUUCCCUCUGUCGUCACCCAUCACAGAGGAGGUUCCUAGCCCGGUGCCUUCGUCCCCUGAGGACCAUGAAAUGGAAAGAAAUCGACCCUUCGCUUUCCUGAACAAAGCAACACGCAAGAAUCCAUUCAUACGCAAAGCAGGACAGGAUCACCAUGCACAAGAGCAGGAAGCAGUGGAAGGGACACGGGAUUCUUAUCAAACGGAACCGAACCAACAGGGUCUCGGCAACCUGAGUCUUUACACUGGGAAGAGGUCUGACCGACCUCCUGGAUUGAAUCUGGUCACAGACUUCUCUCCGGCCGGUCCUAAUGGUCUGCAAGAUGAAUCUGAUCCGACGGUGAUGGAUUUGAAUGACUUGAAGGCGCUUUCAAAGGCACGAGAACAGGAGAGGGCCACACAUGGUAUCAGAGGAAUACUGAAGAAGGGCUCGAACCAGGAGUUCGACCAACCCCCUGAUAGAUCCUCCGGAUCAGAAAAGAAACGCCUGUCGUUAUUCAAUAUGCGGGGAAGGAAGAAGGGCAAAGACGACCUUUCACCCUCUGAUCGACCCAUCAUGAUUGGGCUCAGCAUGCCAUUUGAUGAAUCCCCAAGCUCUCAUGAGAGACAGCUGAAAGUGAACACAGGAGAGGCCCAACGAGCGGCACUGACCCCCUCGAUUAUUGUCACACCGGCCAAAGAAGAUACAUUCUGGACCGGUAUUGGCCCAGUGCAUCCGCGUCCUAGGAUAGCAUCCAGCAUUUACUCCCAGCCAACCCCAUAUCCCGACGACAAAGACAAGGACCUCGAUAUACCACCGGUGCCUGCCAUUCCGGACUUUCCCUUUCUCAGGGGGGCUGAAAACACAGGAAUCGAGCCUGCACAGAUGCACUCUAUAGCUUCAGCAGGGAGACAACGUGCGUUCUCGACCGGGACUGUGUUCGAAGAAGACGAUAUGCGACGUGCGAGUCGUUCUCGCUCUUACUCCAGCGGGACGGUCAAAAAGAUCCAAGAUAGGUUGAGCAUCAAUACCGAAGCAAAUCGACAUCAGUCAGAAGGGUGGUGGACCUAUCUUCUUUCGCCUUUGAUGGGUCGCUUCAGCAUAGCCUUGGGUAAUACCACACCAACGGAGCCUACUAGACCACCAGUCCCCAGUAUCACAACCGACUUAGCAGCAUCAAACGACGAGUGGUGGGAGAAAGAAGUAUCUUGCUUUUCCCCCGACACACCAGAGGCAGCAGUGGCCCACCAUAAUGAAGAACUAUCCGAUUGGUCAGAUGAUAGUGUGAAUUCAUUUGACGAGAAAGACUUGGGCAACCAGGAUCAGACCGUGGAAACAGGGGAUCUGGGUGCAUCAUCCUUUAUGUUUCCUGGCCAGCCAAUUCAGGGGUCUGCUGCCGAGUACUACCAAGCUUGUGCCCACGAAUUGUUCAGCGGAAGGCCAUAUUUCGAAUGUGUCAACCAUGUUUGCUCCAUCACACCCAAAGACAAGAUACCGGGCUAUACUGAGAAUGCAGUUCCGGUCAGCUCACAUGAAAAGGGCCUUCUUAUCGAUGUUGACACACCACGGGAUGAAGAUCGAAACUCAAGAGUCGCAAUACCCGCGACUCUAGGGGCGCGGACCUUGUACGAACCCAGUGUAAUGGACAAGAGGUCAGAGGGUCCCCUAGAUGAUAUCAAGAACAACGAUGCUCGUGACAAUAACCUUAGUGGGCACCCUCUAACUGAGUACCGGCUCAGCCAACAUCCUCCAAGCGAGCGUCCUCCAAGUGAAUGUACUUCAAGGGGAUACCCUCCAAGCUCGCAUGCUAUGGUUUCGCACCCUCCCAGUGUGUAUCCUCCGAGUGUGCACCCUCCGAGUGAACAUCCCCAAAGUGAACGCUCUCCGGACGAGACUAUUGCGCAACCUCAAAGCGAACACCCUUCUGAUGAACCUGUCCCCAAUGGACAAACGAGGGAGAUCCCUCAAGACCCCCCCCUCAUGACGCGUGCUCAAGGAGGGGUCGAGGGAUUAGCACCACCAACAGACAGCCAAUCCCAAAGGAAGAUAUCCUGGCCCAUCUUCCAACCAAUCAUCCAAUCAGCACCCCAGCCAGCCAUACAGCCAAUAAUUCAACCGGCACCUCAGCCGGCCAUUCAGCCCAUAGUCCCACCAGCACCUCCCCCUCAGGUCAUUUAUGUCCAACCUGCUACUGUCCCAUCACCGAUUCUUAUAGCGCCCCCCGAUCGAGCUCUACCUCAGCAUUUCACGUUCCCUCCUCAGGAACAUGAGGCCCAGCCACAGCCCCCUAACCCUACGUCUCCUGGCCUUCAACAAGCCACUGAGAGAGGCGGGUCGAUUCCCUUAGCCGAUAUGCAUACUAGCCCAGCGCCUGCAUACACUUCCAAUCACAAUAGUUCGUCCGCUCUACCUCCUCGCAUGGAGCAACUUCCUACUACGCGAGAUGAAAUGACAAACACAAUAAUAGAAAGGGAGAUCAUUGAGAUCCGACGGAAGCCAUUGGAGAAGCACGAGGACAAAAAAAACAAAAAGGGAAAGAAAUUUCUCGGGUUCUGUUGUUGUUGCUGUGGGAGAGGCGGGUCUAAGAAAGACAAAAAGGACAAAGUAAAGCGCCGGUGGUACCUGGCGAUCCUGACGUCCUUUCUCAUAAUUAUAGCAAUCAUUCUUCUCCUGGUGAUGACGUUGACAAGGAAGGGCGACUCAACACCGGUGCAGUCGCAGUGGCUCAAUCUCACCGGCUAUCCACCGAUGCCUACCGGCAUCGCAACAAUUGCAGGACCAGAGCCCCAGACACAAGUCUCAGGUUGCAUAGCUCCAUCCACCCUCUGGAGCUGCGCUCUGCCACCAGAAGAACAAUCCGCAAACGAGCCCUACGCCGCCAACGAGCCGAACUUUCGCGUGGAAAUCCAGUUCCGCAACGGAACCUAUCCAAACAGCACCACAAUUGCCUCAAAGUCCAGCAAAACGCUCUCCUCUAGGAGCUCCGAUAACUCCUACAGCCCAUCACCAUCACCACCAAGCUUGAAGGACCAGACAUUCCUUGGCAACACCACCGACAACAAUACCACACCCUACGCAGGCGAAGAGACCCCUUUCUACAUGACUAUCCUCUCAGCCAGCCAUUUGACAUCUACAUCCACCCUUCGCCUGGCGCGAAGAUCCGACAGCUCCUUCCCUAACCUCGCAACCAUCAUCCCCUCACCAGACGAAACCUCCGACGGAACCGCCGCCGCCGCAACCCUAUACCCACAGCCCUCAUCUCAACCCGUCCGUCUCUACAACCGCGGCCUCAGCACAGAACACUACGGUUUCUACACCUACUUCGACCGCUCCAUCUUCCUCUCUUCUCUGGCCCCCCUCAACGGCAGCACAACCGACGACGACCCCAACGACCAAAACGGCGGAUCGAACGAAUCCGACGCCCGCGUCCGAUGCACAUGGUCGCAGACCCGCUUCCUUAUCCAAAUCUGGACCCGCUCCAACAGCACCCUCCUCCCGAGUUCGACCAACUCAUCAUCAUCAACAUCCACAACAUCCGCCGCAACAUCCACAGCCACAUCCACCGCAAACUCCUCCGCAACGGACUGGACCCGGCCCGGAUCCUUCCCAUACCCCGUGACCAUCACACUCGAUCGACAUGGCGGCGACGCCAAAGAGAAAAUGGUCUACUGUUACGGAAUGGAGAGUGACGAGAAGAUCAACUCAACGGACGUAAAAUUGCAGAUCGAGAACCGGUCGUACGGUGGCCAUUUGGUCAAUCCCGCCCCGGGCAUCUUCGAUCUGUAUAGUAAUUCGUCGAGCAAUGCUACUGGAGACUACGGUGGCGUUGAUGGUGGGACGGGGGGAUGUUCUUGUAAAUGGGUGAAUUGGGUUGCGACAUGACGAAGAUAACAUGACUUCAACUAAGACGGAAUAGUCAGGAGUGGUGUAGGGGAGGUGAAAAAAAAAAAAAUUGAUCUAUAUGACUUGAUUUGAUUUCAUGCUAUCUGAUAUGAUUGAUCUACGCAUAAUAAUGAAUGUGAUUAUUAGAAGAAUCUAUUGUGAAUGAUGGUAUUACAAAGAAA